AUGUUGUCUGGGCCAGAUGCUUGCACCGAUGCUUGCGGCGGCCGCGAGAAGGGGUUUUUGACUGAUCAGUUGGGAAAGAUCGUGAGGGCCAUGCAGCCUGGUCGACCUGCGGAACCAAUUUCGAAGAAGGCGCAGAAGCUGGCGGAGAGGUCGCAUGAGCGUUAUCGAUCUCCAAUUCCUCGUUCCCCAUCGAUGGAGCAAAAGUUGGAGCGCAGCCCUCUUCGGCGGUUGUCACCCGAUGGGCCGCAAUCGGAGCGUCUGGCAAAGCAGAAACUGGCGCAGACGGAGAUUGUCCAAUUUCAGCAGAUGGUUGAGGAGAUGUACAGUAAGACGUGUGGAUGGUGCUUCAUCCUAUGUUUGGGGAACAUCCUUGCGCUGAUCUGCUGUCUCGAGACUACUCGGAAAUAUCCCUUGAACUAUGCCAUUCUCUUCGGCCUCACCCUGGGAAAUGGCGGACUGGUGGGCCUGGCCUGUCAGCUCUAUACUGCGCCAUCAAUCAUCUUGGCUGUGUCUUUGACUGCCGUCACACUCCUUUCCCUGACGCUCUAUGCGGCCUUUGGUGGCAAAGAUCUCACGGACAUCACGGACAUGAGCAUCUAUCUCUUCACGGGCCUCAUGGUCUUGUGCUUUUCGAUGUUCUUCCUCUCCAUAAUGCAACUGAUCGGCUUCGACCUUCCCUGGGUCCAGAAAGUGAUCGCGGUUUGUGGAACUGUGCUUUUUUCGUUCUACAUCGUUUUCGAUACCCAGAUGAUUAUGGGAGGCUAUGGCGGGCACAAGAUGGAGUUUUCGCUUGAUGAUUACGUCUUUGCGGCCUUGAAUCUUUACCUGGACAUCAUCAACCUCUUCAUGUACAUAUUGCAGAUUGUGGGAAGUUUCACCAGGAUCAUGUUGGCUUUGCAGAACCAGGUUGGUGUUGACCUCGAGCAGAAAGUUCCAAUGGCCGAUAGCAGCAAGGGGCUUCCAGCACGAGGCAAGGGGAUUCUUGCACGAGGCAAGGGCCAACAAGCUAGCCUGGUGAAAGCACCGCCAGAUGAGGAGACAGAGGAGUUGCUGAGGUUUCUGGAUGGCAAAGGUGGUUUUGAGAUUGACUUGGGCGGUGUUGGCCGUCAAAUUGAUGGUUUCACCAGGAAAGGUCUUCCACAGGAAGAUGCCUUGGGACUUUUGCAGGAAGUCCUUGAUCGAGGUCCCUCGGUGAAGAAUCCCACGUCCUUCAUCCGGUUCAAGCUGAAGGCCCGGUUGGCUGUGAUGGGUGUGUCCUUAGACACACCUGUGGAUGAACAUGCCAAGCUCUUGAAGAGAAUUGAAUGGCUGAACGACUAUGGUGGAGUCCAGAAGGAUAUCAACUACAACAAGGUGGUGGCAGCUUUGGAGCAGGUGGGUCUGGAGUCGGCGAUGAGAAUCCUGAAGGACUUGGAAGAUCAGGCCGCAGGUGUGGCAGAUCCCAAUGAGUUCAUUCUGAGCUCACUGAAGAAGCCGGUAGGUCCCACCGGAGGAGCCAGUGGCAGCAGUGAUGGCGGAAUACCGAAGGAGGAACCUCUCACAUCUCUGGAGGCCUUGAACAAGUUCAUUCACUUUGUGAGCAAAGGUGGCCGCAGCGUGCAGCCCUCCGAGGUGGCCGAUGCGCUGGAUGCUUUGGGCCCAGCCCGAGUCAUGCGAAUUUUGAAGGAUAUGGAGGAGCAUGGACUAGGUUUGGACGACCCCGUCAGCUACGUGAAAGCUGCUGCGAAGAUGAGUGGGCACCUAGUGGUCAAGAAGGAAGUCGACAGCUUCGAGUCAGAGGACCACUCCGUGGACGAUGUCUCCAAGUUGACCUCUCGAAUGAAGUGGUUGAAUGAAUUUGGAGGCUUGUCGAAGAAGAUUGCCAUCGAUGAAGUAAUUGGAGCAUUGUACUGCCUGGGCUUGGCACCAUCCAUGUCCAUUCUACGCAGCCUCCAGGAGCGCGGCGCAAGCGUGGCUGACCCCACCCGAUACAUCAAGCAGGCAGUGCAACACGCAAAUCGCACCAUGGCCAAGGACGAGGAUGAAGAAGAAGAUGUAGAAGUCGAGGAGGAAGAAGUAGAAGUCGAAGUGGAAGAAGAAGAAGAAGAAUCUGUGAAGGCAAAGGAAGAAGUGCCAGCCGAUGAGGUCGAGGAUUGGCUCGCAUGGGCUGCUGAUGAAGAGCCAAAGCUCAAGAGGCAAAAGCGUAUGACAAGUGGUGCGUCAGCCGGCCCAAAGGUGAAGUUUGAACCUCAGGAGCCUUCAGUUUCUCAUCCUUUGAGCCCCCAAGAGAAGGUGAUGCAGGUGAGGAGUUAUGCCUUAAAGAAUUCCUUGCGACUGGAUGAUCAAUGCCUAAAGACCUUGUCACGGCUGCCUUGCUCCAAAGCCACUGACCUUAUCGAUGAGGUCUUACGAGGAGGUCGGAAUCGCCGCGGUGUCGCCAACCCGUCGAAGUACUUGCUGCGAGCAGUGCAGAUGUCCUGCGUGGGCUUAGGUGUUGAGCAGGGCCUUGCCAUGGAGCUGGCAGUGUCCUUGGGUUUGGUGUUAAACAACGACGCCCUUGAUGAGCUAGCUUCCAUCCCGCGGAAGGCGUCUCACGCCAUCAUACGACAAUUGGCUGCCAGUCCGAACCGUGUCAGCCCGAUGGAUUUCAUUUGCGAAGAAGUUGAGAAAUGCCGAACACAACUGCGAUGGCAAAGCCAGUGA